CGCGCGCCGCCCAGCGAGUGUUUGACGUGGCAGUUCCCAGCCCGGCUGCCACUCGGUGCGCGCGGGCCGCCUGCGCCGACGUCGGGCCGGGGAAGGCGCCGGGGGCUCGGCGGGCCUCGGGCACGGGGCGCGCAGCGCAGGAUUCUUUAGCAGAUCUAUCCCUUGGAAUGAUAUUUUCAUCAUGAGCCAACAAGGUUAUGUGGCUGCACCCCCCUAUUCUCAGUCCCAACCUGGAAUAGGCCUGUCAUCACCCCAUUAUGGGCACUAUGGGGACCCAGCACACGCAGCUGCUCCACCAGGAAUGAUGAAGCCAGCAGGGCCUAUGGGGGCUGCUGCCCCUGGGGGGGUGUUGCCUCCGGGCCCUCCACCCCCUGGACCCCAGCAGUUUGGCCAGAAUGGAACCCAUAUGCCAGGACUUCCUCCCCAGAGGUUUCCGGGUCCUCCACCUGCGAGCAGUGCGGCAUCUUCUUUCGGCUCAUACCCACCCUCCACACAGCCGUCUUAUCCAGGUCCUGCGUCCACGUCAUCCGUCACUCAGCUGGGCGGUCAGCUUGGUGCCAUGAACAUCAACAGCUUUGGUUCAGGCAUGGGUCCCCCCAGCCAGGGGCCCCCUGGGACUGUGCCAGGAGCAUCAUUCCAGGGCCCACCACGACCUCCCCAGCCGUCCAUUCUGCAGCCGGGAUCACAGGUCCUCCCACCACCGCCCUCUGCAAUCAAUGGCCCUGGGGCCAUGCCUUUGCCCCCAACUGGCUCAGGACCGGCUCCCCCCGGCGCCCAGUACCCGCCUCCGCCUCUCCCAGGACAAAGCCUGGGCGCAGGCUAUCCACCACCGCAGGCAGGUAACUUUGGUCCACCGAUGCCUGGGGCCCAGCUCUCCUACCCAGGUGGCUUCCCUGGGGGACCCGCACAGAUGGCUGGGCCGCCACAGCCCCCCAAGAAGCUGGAUCCUGACUUGAUCCCCAGCCCAAUCCAGGUGAUUGAGAAUGACAGAGCUGCCAGAGGGGGCCAAGUCUAUAUCACCAACACCAGAGGGCAGGUGCCCCCAUUGGUCACCACAGAUUGUGUGAUCCAGGACCAAGGCAACGCCAGUCCCCGGUAUAUCCGCUGCACAACGUACUGCUUCCCAUGCACAUCGGACAUGGCCAAGCAAGCUCAGAUCCCGCUGGCUGCCGUCAUCAAGCCCUUUGCCACGGUUCCAUCCAAUGAGACUCCACUCUACUUGGUCAACCAUGGAGACAGUGGGCCCGUGAGGUGCAACCGGUGCAAAGCCUACAUGUGUCCCUUCAUGCAGUUCAUCGAAGGUGGACGGCGGUAUCAGUGCGGGUUCUGCAACUGCGUCAAUGACGUUCCACCAUCUUAUUUCCAACAUCUGGACCACAUGGGAAGAAGACUGGACUACUAUGAGAAGCCAGAGCUAUCUCUAGGAUCUUAUGAAUACGUUGCUACUCUGGAUUACUGCAGAAAGAACAAGCCUCCCAGCCCACCAGCCUUCAUCUUCAUGAUUGACGUCUCCUACAGCAACAUCAAGAACGGACUUGUGAAACUCAUCUGCGAGGAACUGAAGACUGUGCUGGAACGGCUUCCCAGGGAGGAGCAAGAAGAGACUUCAGCAAUUCGAGUUGGUUUUAUCACAUAUAACAAAGUCCUUCAUUUCUUUAAUGUGAAGAGUAAUUUGGCUCAGCCUCAGAUGAUGGUAGUGACUGACGUUGCAGAAGUUUUUGUGCCUUUGUUGGAUGGCUUCCUUGUCAACUAUCAAGAAUCCCAAGCUGUGAUUCAUAAUUUAUUGGACCAGAUUCCAGAGAUGUUUGCAGACUCCAAUGAAAACGAGACCGUCUUCGCACCUGUUGUUCAGGCUGGCAUGGAAGCACUCAAGGCAGCAGACUGUCCUGGGAAGCUGUUCAUCUUCCACUCCUCCUUGCCAACUGCAGAAGCACCAGGAAAGCUCAAGAACAGAGAUGACAAAAAACUGGUUAAUACGGACAAAGAGAAGACACUUUUCCAGCCCCAGUCGAAUGUCUACGAGUCCCUGGCUAAAGACUGUGUGGCCACCGGCUGCUGUGUGACGCUCUUCCUCUUCCCCAGCCAGUACUCCGACGUGGCCUCCUUGGGGCUGGUGCCUCAACUCACCGGGGGAACCCUGUACAAGUACAACAACUUCCAGAUCCACUUGGAUAGCCAGCAGUUUUUGAAUGACCUCAGAAAUGACAUAGAAAAGAAAAUAGGAUUUGAUGCAAUUAUGAGAGUUCGUACCAGCACAGGUUUCAGGGCCACUGACUUCUUUGGGGGAAUAUUUAUGAACAACACCACUGACGUCGAGAUGGCUGCUAUUGACUGUGACAAGGCAGUGACUGUGGAGUUCAAGCAUGAUGACAAACUUGGCGAAGACAGUGGGGCCUUAAUCCAGUGUGCUGUUCUCUACACGACCAUCGGGGGCCAGAGGAGGUUGCGGAUUCACAAUCUCAGCCUGAACUGCAGCUCCCAGCUGUCUGAUCUCUACAAGAGCUGUGAGACGGACGCUCUGAUCAACUUCUUCGCCAAGUCAGCCUUUAAAGCAGUUCUGAACCAGCCCUUGAAGGUCAUCCGGGAGAUCCUAGUCAACCAAACUGCCCACAUGUUGGCAUGUUACCGAAAACACUGCGCAAGUCCAUCUGCCGCGAGCCAGCUAAUCUUACCAGAUUCCAUGAAGGUGUUUCCAGUGUACAUGAAUAGUUUGUUAAAAAACUGUGUGCUGCUUAGCCGACAAGAGAUCUCAACAGAUGAGCGGGCGUACCAGAGACAGCUGGUCAUGACCAUGGAUGUGGCUGACUCCCAGCUUUUCUUCUACCCUCAGCUUCUGCCCAUACACACGGUAGAUGUCAAGAGUACGGCGUUGCCUGCUGCGGUUCGUUGCUCUGAAUCUCGUCUUUCGGAAGAAGGAAUGUUCCUACUGGCUACUGGCCAAAGCAUGUUCUUAUGGGUGGGAGUAAGUUGCCCACCAGAACUGAUCCAAGGAGUAUUUAAUGUGCCAUCUUUUGCACAUAUAAACACAAACAUGACAAUGCUGCCUGAAGUGGGAAACCCUUACUCUCAAUCUCUCAGAAUUAUAAUGGGUAUUAUCCAGCAGAAGAAGCCAUAUUCCAUGAAGCUCACGAUAGUGAAGCAGCGAGAACAGCCAGAGAUCAUUUUCCGUCAGUUCCUGGUGGAAGACAAAGGCCUUUACGGAGGAUCGUCGUACGUGGAUUUCCUCUGCUGUGUGCACAAGGAAAUAUGCCAGCUGCUAAACUAGUCAUCGAGGUUGCAUUUCUAAGGAGACCAUCUCCUUCUUGGUGCCUAAUUCUCCAGAUGAUAACAGGCUAGUGUUGAUUUCUUGCUCAUUUUUCAGAAUAGCUUUCCAAGAAGGCGUCGAGAACUUCAGCUUUGGUGCUCAGGUGUGAAGCCGUUGUCGGUACUGUUGUACUGGAAAGGGAACAGGCUACUUCUGAUUGCACAAUUUUUAACGGUCCAAUGGAUGCAGAUGGCAUUUCACGAAAGGCAUAGUUUACAGAACUCUAAACCUUCUCAAUUUUCUUUCUUUGUAAUGUGCUAGACUUAUAAAUUAUUUUUCAAAAUGUAUAGAUUUGGGGUAAAAAAAAGUCUUGCAGUGGGGGAAAAAACUUAAUUUUUACAUUAUAUCUAAUUUUUUUAAAAAGCCAUCUAACCCCACUGAACAUUUUUCAACUUAAGGUUUGCAUAGCAAACUUUUAAUAACCUUGAAAUCUAUAUGGUAGAACAAUUUUUGUUCUACUUUUUUUCAUAAUUAUAUGUUGUGUAUGUUAAGCCUAUUUUCCAAUUGUUUUGUCUAUAAAACUGUCUAUCAAUAUUCUUAAUGGUUCUCUGUACAAUUUUGAAGGUUUCUACCUGUAUAUAAUGGAUCUUAACCAGUACAAUAAAUCACUUCAUAUGCUCUUA